CUCCAUCUUCCGUCGGACCAUCCCAUCUUACCCGCGCCUCUUUCUCCUCUCCUCUCCUCUGGUACAGCCUUCAGGCUACAGUACUCUAUAAUCCUUUCUCCUUCCUUACUACCUCCUCACCUUUUCCUACCUACAGCAUUUCUAUCCCUUCUGCCUGCAACAUCCCACCUUUCUACAGAUCCAUUCACGAAACGAAACCGUUCAAUCAAUCAUGCCUGCGCCACUGGCCAAAGGCCUCAUAAUCGCCGCGUCCGUCAUCGUCGCAGCCGGCAUCGCCAUCUACGAGUCACCGCAAGUCCGCCAAUGGGUCGACCAGUACCGCCGCAAGAUCGCAGUGGCGCUCCACUCGCUCGGCGACGAGAUCCAGCCUCGCCGCGGGUCCGAAAGCUCACAGGACUACGAGGAACGCAAGAAGAGGAGGGAUGAGAUCGUCAGGCGGAACAGGAAUGAGUUGAUCCAGAAAGCGCGAGCGGAGGGCGUUGCGGUGGACCUGGACGAGCUGGCGAAGAUUGGAGUGGAAGAGUUGGAGCUUGCGGAGCGGCGACAUGCUACGGCGAGGGGCCGGACGAAUAGCCAGAAGUCCUUCGACGAUCUUGUGGGUAGCGAUGGGAAGCUCAAGAAAGAGGGCGAUACCGCGGAAAAGUCUACUGGAUUGGAGGCCAAAGAGGAUUCGAACCUUCGACGCCGUGGCGUUACGGGUUUCGCUGCUGGAGCUGCUGCUGGUCUUGCCAUGUCAAACCCCUUCGACGAUGACGCUCAGGUUCUAUUCGAUCACGAGACCGAAGACGAGGCUCCCUCACCGAAACCGUUUACGUAUAUCGAAUCCCGCGAGAGCUCUGCAACAGUUGAAGGCGAUGCCACACCCUCUGUCCCCGCCCCCGUAGACUCAACACCCGCCCUAAUCGACCUCACCUCCGACCCAGAGGCAUCAUCAAUCCACCCAGAGAACCCCCAAACCGCCUCAAUCCCCCAGUCCGAAGCCGACGACGAAGCAGAGCGAGCCGCCCAAUCCUUCUACUCCUUCACCUCCGCCUCCUCAACCCACGAAUUCGCCGUCCCUAACGCCCCAACCUCCCCAGCAGCAGCACCAGUCACCGCCUACGACUCCGACUCCGACCCAGAAAACAUCUCCACCGGCACCCUAACCCCCCGCUCCGAACGCUCCUUCACGACCGGCGCCUCCGCCUCCGCAGUGCCCCCGCACGCAGACGACAUCGCGAUCCUCUCCAUGCAGAACGACUCCGACCACGACGCGCGCUCGGAAGUCUUCUCCGAGGGCGGCUUCACAGACGCAGGGUUCUCGGAAGCCGGGUUCAGCGAGCUGGGCGAGGGACGCCAGGGCAUACUGACGCCGAGCAGCUGGACGGACGUGGGGAGCGAUGAUGAGAGUGAGUGGGGUGGGCCCGCGGGCCAGCAUGGCCAUGUCUCGCAGAUUCAUCAGUAGUUCCGCUUCCCGCUUCUUCAUCCUUGCGCCGCCCUUUAUAUCGUUCUUCUCUUCCUCUCCGUUUGUUUGACUGGGUGGAGUAGACAAAAGGGACGCACGCACACGGAAAAUCUCACAUCUUGCAUUAGUCUGACAACAUCAUCAAAAACGGCUGUUCGGUAUAGGGGCUCGGCGUAGCUUUCUUCCACCGGCAUGGUCUCUUUCGUCUCUAGGGAAUCAAUCGGAGUGUUAUGGAGGAAACAAGGGCGUUUUGUUUCUUAUUUUUCCUUUGGGUUGGGGGUGUUAUGGGUGGGAAUUACACAAUGGGAUACCGUAUACCUCAUCAGGGCUUUUUGUAGGGAAUGGAAUGGAAAUUUUACUGGAGUUUAAAGACAUACAUACAUGCUUUACAAGUACAAAUGUAGAUGCAGAUGCAGACGCGAUCACAUAGGGUUUUCUGCGGCUACGAGCGCCAACUGUGAUGGGCUGUUUGUCUUUGUGAGAGUGGU